UCUCCGCAAUGGUGAGUCUCUCCCUGCGCCCCAGUCAGCUGCGGCUGCUGCCGCCGCUACUGCUGCUGCUGCUCCUGCCACCGCCUCCGUGCAGGGGCGCAGAGCCGCCGCCAGAGGACCAUGAGCACCGCGUGCAGCUAGGAGCCAUCCGCAGCGCCAUCCUGGCCCGGCUCGGGCUGUCCGCGCCCCCCAAAGCGCGCCCGCUGCCUCUCAGCGCAGCCGAGGUCUGGAGGCUGCAGCGCCGCUACGAGGAGGCACUGGCCCAGCUGAGAACCAACGGGAGCCAGGAGGCGACGGGCUCGGGUCGCAGUUCGGGUCCCAGCACCCCCAAGGUCCGGAUCCUGACGCCCAAACUUGAGCUCAGUCAGAACUCCCGCGAUGUGCGCCUCCACCUGCUGAUCGACAGGGAGGCUCUGAUUGCGGGGAUGCGGGAGGUGCCGCGGGUGCUACGCGCCCACCUGCGGCUGUUUCUGCCACCUUCCCCACGGACCCCGACUGAGUGGGCCACCUCGCGGUUACAUGCUGAGCCCAAGAGCCUGAGGCUCGACCUGACGCGGCCGCUGAAGCGCUGGCUCCAGCAAGGCAGAGCUCCAGGGCCCGUGCUGCGGCUGCCCCUGACUUUGCCUCCCGACGUGUCCCGAGAGCUGCUCCGACAGCCUCAGGCCCCGCGCGCCAUCCUGCGCGUGAAGUUCCAAGGGCUGCCCCGCAGGGAGCCCCGCAGGGCGCGAUCGCUGGAGCCCGACAAAGACUGCGAAGAGGGCAGCGGGCACCGCUGCUGCGCCCACUCGCGGCGCGUGUCCUUCGACGAGCUUGGCUGGGCCGACUGGGUGCUGGCGCCGCGUGACUAUGAGAUGCGCUUCUGCGAGGGCUCCUGCCCACACAACUACCGACCGGCGAGCAUGCACGCACAGCUCAAGGCGCGCCUGCAUCGCGUGGCCCCCGCUGCUGUGGGCCCACCCUGCUGCGUGCCCUCUGCCUACGAGCCCAUGGUACUCAUGCACUAUGGCAGUGAUGGGCACGUGGAGCUCACGCCCUUUGAAGACCUGGUCCCCAAGGCCUGUCACUGCGCCUGACCCAGUUGAACCUGCAUAGUGGGAGAGGCUGGAUAUUGGCAGUAUAGGAAGGGCGGACAUCCAGGGUCCCUUCUCCCCAGCCUAGCGAGGCAUUCCAAAGCUGAUUUUUAGACUUGGAAUCCAGAGUGACUGAAGAAUAGGGCUGGGGGUGAUCACCUUUGGCACCUAUAUAGCUGUGGCCAAAGAAUGGAGCUGAAGGGGGCCAAUGAUGGCAUCUAUGUUUCCUGCCUCCCUGGCUUGGGAGAAGCAGCUGUAUUUAUAAAUAUGUAUUUAUUGAUUAUUUAUUGGGG